AUGUACCCGUGUUGUGACGUGUUCGCAGGCUCUGCAGGCAUAAACGUGACAGGAAGUAGUCCCACACCGGCAACUACAACUACGACAGCACCAACUACAACAUUGUCGUCUACUACUACAAGUACUACAACGAGAACUACCACAACUGCUAGCACGUCAACGCCAUCCACAACGUCAACGACCACAAUCACAUCCACAACUCCUAGGACCACACCAACCACGACUUCAACUACCACAACUACGUCUACAACUACGACUACACCAACUACAACUUCAACGACCAGAACUACACCUACUACCUCUACAACCACGCCAACCACGACUUCAAGGACCACAACUACGUCUACAACUACAACGACCACACCAACUACAACUUCAACGACUACAACUACACCUACAACUACAACGACCACACCAACUACAACUUCAACGACUACACUACACCUACAACUACAACGACCAACUACAACUUCAACGACUACAACUACACCUACAACUACAACGAUCACACCAACUACAACUUCAACGACCACAACUACACCUACAACUACGACAACCACAGCAACCACGACUUUAAGGACGACAACUAUACCUACAACUACGACAACAACCACAACUACACCUAGUACCACUACACCAACCACGACUUCAACGACCACAACUACAUCUACAUCUACGACUACACCAACUACAACUUCAACGACCAGAACUACACCCACUACCUCUACAAUCACGCAACCACUACAACGACCACACAACUACAACUUCAACGACCACAACAACACCUACUACCACUACAACAGCCACAACUCGUCAACCACUACACCUACAACCACUACAACCACACCAACCACGACCACAUCUGCCACCACUACAACGACGACGCCAACCACAACUUCUACUACCACAACUACACCUACUACCACGCCAACCACAACGUCAACUACUACACCUACUACCACGCCAACCACAACGUCAACUACUACACCUACUACCACGCCAACCACAACGUCAACUACUACAACUCCACCAACUACAACAACGAACACACCAACCACAGUUGCAACGUCCAGUCUGACUGCGAUGAUAACAAGUACAUCUACUACUGAAACAACUACAAGCACCACCACACCAGUCGAGUCAUCUACAGCAUCCUCAUCCACUGCGGCCUCCGCCUCCUCGCCUGAAGCUAAGGCGACGACAGCGACGCGGACUGUCCGGCCUGCAGUUGACUACCGCAACAAACUUUUGUUUUCGAGGAUCUACGGCUCCUCCAUCAACUGGGCGGAAAGGACGAGUCACUGCCUGCUGUUGUUGUCUUCCUCACUGCUCGUGGCCCUGACACUUCGUGCGUAGCGCGCGGGGACCGUGUCAUGCGUCACGUGUCACCAGUGAGGUGGUCACGUGGUCACGGAGAAUCCCAAGACACGGACGUUCGUGCAAAUUCUUCACUGAGCGGCAACUCUCUACUUCACGUCGUGUCUACGUCUUUUCGCCAACAGGACCAGCAAGCCAGCUGUGGACAUGGCAGUGACAGUGACAGUGACAGUGACAGUGACAGUGAUGGUCAGUGUAGGAAAGCCAUUGUCACCUACAGCAUCACAACCUCCUUAGAGGCCCCAUGCAAGGACCGUGUGGAAUAGACAAACCGAAACUGGAUUUUUUGGUCACAUGUAAAAUUGUAGAUUAUCGAUGAUGUCUCGUUGUCGCCUCUGUUUUUUCUGUCAGGAAUCUCUAAAAUUCUUUCUCUCUGUAGCAUUGUGUCAAGUUCAUUGUUUCUGUCAGGAUUGUGUCAAAUCGUUAUUUUUUGUAGGAUUGUGUUAAAUCCAUUGUUUUUUGCCAAAUCAUUUAUUUCUUUUUGCUUUCUGCUAAAUAAUUUGUUUCUCUGCCUGGUCCUUCCUGCUUUGUUUGUUUACGUACAAAGCUGCAACAAAGCAACCAGUCGAGUAAGAAGAGAAGACAAAACAAUAUUUUAUGGAGGACUUAAACAUAAACAACCUUUACAUGAAAAGACUAUCUUCGAAAGUUACACUUUGGGAUUACAACUGAAAAAUAAACAAUUAUGUUUCAUAUUCCUGCUUUUUAAUGUUGUCUAAUAUUUAUGCAGAUUAAAUAAAAUUUUUUCAGUCACAA